AUGGGUGGCCGGCACCGCUUCGCGAGGUUGAAGAACUUAUUCAAGACGAAAACGGCGGAAGAUGAGUCCAGUACAGCUCCAUCACCAGUCAGCGCUCCCCCGCCUUCAAUUCCCAGGACGAUUCCCAUUGUAGAAACACCACCCGUCGAAAAGCAACCAGAAGAUGAUACCGAAAGGAACAAGCUGCAAGAGGAACUGUGGAAUGAGGCUUACAAUACGCUUCGCGAUAGCGGCAAUAAGCACAUCGUGGAAUAUGAAGAAAUUCUUCUGUCUGAGCUCAAAAACGAUAACCCUGAUAUUACCUCGCUUGGCACUUCUUACGAAGAGCGCUGGCAAAACAUGCAACUGCUUGUUGACAUUGGUUUAAGGAAGACUGAAAAAGAAGCCAAGAUUUACGGCAAGGUGAACGAUGGUCUACAGCUUUUUGACACAGUGAGAUCACUAGUCACUCCGGCUGUAUCAGCCGUCCCACAAGCUGCCAUCCCAUGGGUUGGUGUUUGUUUCAUUCUCGAAGUCUUUUCGAACCCCGCCAAACAACCAGGCGUUCAUCGUGCGGGACUUCAGCAUGUGCUGUCUCGCGUCAACUGGUACUGGAACCUGGCAGAACUUCUCCUUCAAGAUAAUUUGGAAGCGAAAGAAGAUAUUGGGAAAACCGCAUUGUCUAACCUGCGAGAGGAGCUCAGGAAAUAUGUCUUGGAUCUGUACCAGAAGUUUCUCGCUUACCUGAUAGAGAGUGUCUGCUACUUUCAGAAGAACCGUGCUACUGCGUUCUUGAAGAGUGUUGUCUACAUAGACUACUGGGGUGGUAAGCUUGCCGAUAUUGAGGUAUCGGAAGCAGAAUUCGAAAGGAUGUCCAAGAAGUACAAUACGACAGAAUCUCGCGAGAGACUCGGAAAUUUGGUUAUUGGCGUCAAAAACAUCGAGAAGGCCAUUGAUCGCCAGACCCAGCAACUACAAAAGAUCAACGAGGACGAAAACAACAGAGUCUGCUUCCAGGAUCUCUACACGACCAAUCCAUUCUUCGACAAAAUGCAGAUCGAACAUGACAAGGGUACACCUUUGCCGCAUUGCUAUUCCUGGAUUUUCCUCACUGAGGGUUUUCAGACUUGGCAACAAGACCCUAAUCAAAGACUACUUUGGAUCAAAGGUGACCCUGGGAAAGGCAAGACCAUGCUUCUCUGUGGCAUCAUCGAUCGCCUUGAUGAGUUGACGCCAAAUCUUAUCUCAUGUUUCUUCUGUCGAGCCACGGAGAAUUAUCAGAAUGAUGCUACAGCAGUUCUUCGUGGCUUGAUCUGGAGUCUUGCGUGUCAGCACCCUAAGCUUAUCUCUCAUGUGCGCACGCAGUUUGACAAUAUUGGACGAAAGGCCUUUGAUGGACCAAACAAAUGGCAAGUUCUGUCCAACAUCCUGAAGAGAAUGAUAUCAGACGAAGAAAAUCGCGUUCCAGAGGGUACUGCGAUUGUCAUAGACGCCCUUGACGAAUGCAUCAAAGACAACGACAAGCUCCUUGAUCUGAUCCUUGAAAUUUGCGCUGAUGAGAACUCCAAGGUCAAGUGGCUUGUUUCAAGUCGCAAUUGGGUAGAGAUCGAAGAUACCUUCAUGGAUGAAUCGAUUAGCUCUAGACGGGUCGUCCUAUCGCUGGAAGAUGACGAGGAAGUUGAACAAUCGAUUAAAAAUGCUGUUGAUGCAUUCGUCAAGUACAAGGUUGAAGAACUCAAGAAGAAAAAGAAGCACGGCGAAAUCCCACCGGAAGUCAAUACCAUCUUUACUAAAAAGGCGGGCAACACCUUUCUAUGGGUAGCGUUGGCCUGCAAGAGGUUGGAGAGCAAGGAUGUCGAGCCAUGGCAGAUUCUCAGUAUCCUGAAGGAUUUGCCAUCCGGAUUGAGAGACCUUUAUAGGCGCAUGAUGCAAGAGGUCAAGGAUUCCAGCCACGUAUCGCAAUGCAGGGACAUUCUUGCCGUUGCCGCCCUGGUGUAUCGCCCAUUGUCAUUGGCAGAACUGUCAUCCAGUGCCCAGUCACUCUCUCAGCAUGCGAAUAGACUUGACGCCCUCAAAAGACAAGUCUUACGCUGCAAAGGGUUUCUGGUUAUCUCUGAUGAUGUGGUGUCGUUUGUACAUCAGUCGGCCAAGGACUUUUUGUUAGAAGACCAACUUGCAAAGGAGUUUGUGUGGGAAGCUGACCAUGAGGAACUACUAUCAAAGAGUAUCCGUCGCAAUCAUCGCAGCAUCUUACUUACAAUGUUGGAAACGAUGAAGAAAACACUGAAGUAUGACAUAUAUAACCUCCAGAAACCGGGUGCACCUAUACCUCUUCUUGACCGAGAAGAUGCCUUGGAUCCCUUGGACCCGGUCGAGUAUGCCUGCUGUUACUGGGCAGAUCAUAUUUCGGCAUUUGACGACGAAAGUGCUUCCGCUACCCUCAAAUUCCUGAAAGGAUCACUUCUAUACUGGCUAGAAGCCUGUUCACUCCUCGGAGAAGUGGUCACCGCAGUGCUGGCAAUUCAAAAGCUGCAGAAGCUAGUCAUCGGUACGGAAUACCACGAACUUACCAGUGUCUUGCAAGACGCCAACCGGUUCGUCCUGUAUUUCAAGAGUGCAAUCGAAGAGUUUCCUUUGCAGACUUAUGCAUCGGGGCUUCUCUUCAGUCCUAAGAGCUCUGUGGCACGACAAGCAUUUCAACAACAUACUCUCGAAACAUCAUGGCUCAGUCUUCCUGUUCCGGAAGACUGGGAUGCUUGUGUCCAGACACUUGAAGGUCACACAUCUACAGUUUUAAACCUUGCCUUCUCUGGUAACGGCAAAUGGCUAGCAUCUGCUUCCGAAGACUGCACGAUGAGGAUUUGGGAUGCGGCAACUGGUGAUUGUUUACAGACUAUGGACUAUCCAUAUUCUCAGGUACAAGCAGUUGCAUUCUCCCCGGAUAGCUCUUGCCUUGUGUCUGCGUCUGAAGGUUACGAAAUCGACUUUUGGGACACUACGUCAGGUGAAUUCAAGAAGAGCCACUCUGUCGAAACACCUGGGGUUCUUAUUAUUGGUCUUCUAUUCUCACCAAACGGAGAAUGGCUCGCCUCUUGGUCGCCUGAGUCAAAGGUUCAGAUUCGUGACGCGAAGACGGGUGAUUGCAUUUACAAUAUUACACGACACGAGCGAGUUCCCAUCGGACCUGAGAUUCGGUGUUCAUUUUCAUCAGACAGCAAGCGUAUCUUGAUUGGAUCAGAAAACCCUGCCAUCCGCGAUAUAGUUAAGUGCUCAUGGAUAGGCGACACAGAGAUCUCGCCGGAUCGCCUUUCAACGUCAGGUUUCUCUUCGGACGGGACGUGGGUUGGACAUGUCUAUGGCGAACAAGGGCAUUCUAUCUGGAACAUUUCUGACAACGGUUCUGAGCGUAAGAUGGAUAUACUCGGAGAGGACGGAUACGGGCUACCGCCCUCGGGUCAAUAUCCAACUGAUAGACCCUUACCCACGUCUCAGAGGCCAUCAGCAUUUUCUGCCGAUGGCAAACAGAUUGCAACAUGCACCGAGUAUCCAUCCCGGCUCGCCAUCAUCGAUACUACUACUGGAGAUGUGGCAUAUUCCGAUGUCCGAAGCUUCCAAGCCACUGCAAGUGGUCUUCCCAAGGCAAUGGCCUGGUCAAUCGACAGUCAGUGGCUCGCUGUUGGGGGAGCUGAAGGUAAUGGUCAGAUCACAAUCUGGGACCCAAAGGCAAUCAAAACUGCAAGCAAAAGCAACGAGAUCCGAAAACGCAUACACACAAUGGCGUUGUCUGCAGAUGGUCAGAGUCUUGCCUUGGGUUCUGAAGACGGCAUUGUCGAGAUCGAGGAUCUGGCGCGUCCUGGCAACAGCGUACUUACACUCGAAGAACACAAGUCUGCUAUACUCGGCAUAGUCUUCUCCCCAUCUGGAAACAUGCUUGCAACCCAGUGCGCCUCCCACGUUAAGAUAUGGGAUAUCAAAGCGGCUGGCAAAUGUGUACAGACAUUUGAGGCUGGCCCGAUAGACGUUCGGUUCAUUGACACAUCUUUCUGGCCGAUGGCAUUUUCAGCGAAUGAUUCUCAAUUCGCAUUUGGCAAAGGAGAAGAGAUGAUUGAAGUUCAUGACCUAGCGAAUCAGAGCAUGUUCGAACUCCAAAUGGAACAUCUAUCCUCUCUAGAGUUUUCUCCUGAUGGGCUUUCACUCGCAGCUGGCAAUCAAGUUGAAAAUAUCCAGAUCUGGGACUUGCAAACCAAGGAUGUCCAUAAACAAGUAUCUGGACCGGGAAGCCAGAUGUCACUUCUGACUGAACAAGGUCGUUUGAUACCUGAACGAUGGUCUCAGGAAAGUGGUACCCAGGAUGCCGGGACUGAGAACAACGACACCGGAGCAGUACCGCUUGUUACAAAAGGCUACGGAGUUGGGUUUAGUGAUGCUUGGCUGACAAAGGACGGUGAGAGAUUGGUCUGGUUGCCAUCUGAGUAUAGGUCGAGCUCCAACUUUCAGGGGCAUGUGCUUGUUACUGAUGCAGUUGUUGCAAUUCGCAAUAGCUCUGGUCAGCUGUUGAUGUUUGGCUUUGGUGAUUGA